AGUAGAUGACGCUCGCAUUUUUCUUGGUGAAAUGUGUUCCCGAAUGCAAUCGAUGAUGUACCAGAAAGUUUUUCCAGACCUUCAUCGUAAAGAAUGUUCUUAUACAGUGAAAUACAUCAAACAAGACAUUAAAAGUAAAAAGGGGGACGAUAAAGAUCAGGCGCAAGAGAGAUGGGAUGCAUUGAAAAAGGAACUACUGUGGAAUGACACCAAACAUUCCAGAAUACUGAAGGAUAUCAAAAAGAAAAGAAAUGAUAAGGUCCAUCCCGAUCUUACGAAGGAAUUGCUUCUCGAAUCAGCUAAAGUGAUGCAAAAGGCAGGAGAACUGUGUGGCAGAAUGUCUUUGUCUAAUAUCCAUGAAAUAAUAAACAUGUGGGACCUUCUAAAUCAGAAGGAGUAGUGGAAAGUUCAAGCAUGUGCUUAACACAUACACGUAUGUACAAUUAGAAUAACUGACUGUUUUGAUGUUUAGUCCAGCCUAAGCGUUGGACUAGCCGAAAUAUCUUGUUGGCAACAAUUGUGAGAGUGACAAAGUUUCAAAGUGUUAACACGGCGUUUGAAUCUCAUCGGUGAAAUUCGCUCAAACGGUAUUGUUUAAAAAUGUUUCAAAACAUAUUCAAUUGACAAGAUAUAUGUAGAAUAUAGCAUGAAAUAGUAUAAUGCUGGCAUGUUAGUCAAGAUUCUACCGCAACUGGUGCAAGCUGGGCAUCGCGCAAAAUGUUAGCAAUAAACGGACGAUCUGCACCAAAAUCAAUCUCCGAGAAUCAACAGAGUAUGGGUGGCCAAUCGAAAUCUAAACGUAAUACACUCGAAAUCUCAC